AUGUAUAGCUAUUCGAAGUGUGCCCUUUGCUCGUCAAUGUAUUCAAGACACAUUGGCAGAAGUUUUCGAAGGAUGGUACCAUUGUAUGGCGUGGACGGUCGCCUGUCCGAGUCUGAUUGGAUGGAGGACGACGAUGUCUAUAAAAAAAGGUGUAACAGCUGGAGUGACGACUCGUUUCGCGCGCUAUUGUGUUCAAAACCGGGACGAGUACUCAUUGCCAUUUUCGUCAUGCUGUCAGUUUACCUGAUUUGCAUAGUUCUCACUGCAAAUCGUGCAGUCUCCAUUAUGGAUAUCGGUGAUACUGCACCAAGGUCAGGCGUGAAUACUACGAGAGCAAUAGAAGUCCUAACAGAGCUGUGUGAUGCGUUUCAAGAAGGACUAGUCUCUGGAGAUUUGUGCAAUAGGUUGUGUUAUUAUAAAGAUUGGAAAGUCACGGAUUAUUAUGAAGGGAACAAGGUAGUAUUAGUGCUGAAGGAUGGUGGACAAACUGCUGUUCUGAAAAGUAUUCAUCCUUCUAUGAGCGAUUUUGUCCAACUUGAUCGGAAGCUAACGUAUGAUCAGUUUUCUGACAAAGUAUUGACCUUAGUGAACGAGGAAUUGCGCCUUGGCUGGCCUCGUCACUACAAAAAACAUUUAAUGGAAGUACUAUGGCCAACACUGAGACGAACGCCAGGAGAAAAAAUGGCUCAGGAAGAUCGUGAUUCUCUGUGGGCGUUGCUUCAACAGCCAGAAUUUAUUCUUUUCCGUGUGCUUCCUCUAACGAGAGUAACCCCCAAGAUUAUUGGUACAUGUGGGCAAUUUUACUCGACCGAAGCUCUUGUCGCAUUUCGUAUGAAGGGAUACUACAUGAACCUCAAGGGGAAAAUUCUUGUGCAUAUCAUGGGCACCCUUAAAUUGUUCCACGAAUUUUUGAACGAACCGCUGCAAUGGUGUGAUGUUCGCUUCGACAAUUUGGGACUUUCAGCCGAUUAUCCAAAACGAUUUGUUUUAAUGGACGGCGACAUGGUUUAUACGGAAUCUCGACUUCGUGCGAUACUGAAGGGACGUCCUUGCGCCAGUGAUGCUGAUUGUACGAUUGGAGAUUGCAAAGCCAGAUGUACUGCUGAAAUGACGUGUUCAGAAAGGAGUGACAGCAAUCUUGAGGUUUUCUGCGAGAAAUUGAUACGGAAACUAUUCGGACACACCUACUCGACACAUAACAAAUAUUUGGCGGCAUGUCAAGAAACGAAUGGAAACAUCACGCAACGGUUGAACGAACUGCGUCUCACAUGGUCAUGGAAUCUUUCCGAUGUUUAA